UCAACGUUGCUCAAUACUCGACGCCGGAGCCUGGCCAUCACGAAAGUCAGAUGCGAAAUUUUGUAUAAGACAGCAUACAAGAGCUGCUCAGCACCUUCGAAGAGGGCAUACCGACUCUCAAUGUUUUGCUGCGCUGCGCUAAGCUCAACGCUCAAGCUGCCCUCCGAGCUGGUCUCGACCUCAAGCAGCAGCUGCUUCGUGGGCGGAAUCGCUUCCGCUCAUACUUUGACACCUUGUUUCUGCCAAAUUUCCAUUGCUGCUUUAAGCUGUGCCGCAAUAUGGUCACAGACUACGAGGACGUGCCGCAAGGGAAGGGGCUGCAAUCAGAAAAGUGCUCAAGAGCAAAGAGAACUACACUCGCCUCACACGUUCCCCAAGCAUUGCUGCUCUUAAUAGGAGCGCUCCUUCUCGUCGGCUCCCUCGUCAUACUUCAGAGCAAUGACGGCCCUUCUGGUACGUCCGACUCUUGCACAGAUAGCACGCUUUCGAGCGUGCGACCUCGUCUGCGAUGCUCCAUCGCGAACGUGUUGAAGCUCCGUGCAAGAUAUCGUAUAAACUCCAAUCCGUCUUUGGGCUCAAUACGCAGAGGCAUUACAGACGGUUAUAGCUUAGCCACGCGCGCACUGCCUUUCUGCUGCUCAGGAUUCGACCGCGGGACAUCGAAGGCGAGCAGCAAGGUUUACGACGAGGCCCACUUUGAGCGCGUCGAAGCCGAAGCCCGCCUGAGGUUCGAGCGCGAGAAUCGUCGACUUGCUGGGAUGUACGAGGCGGCGCGCGCGCGCCACCAACAGCCGCGCCACCAUCACGGCACGAUAAGGUCAGGCGAUGACAAUGACGGCGAAAGGCCAAGUCUGGCAAAGCUCGCGGAGGAUCUGCCCGAGAUGUUUGAGGCAGCGCCCUUGCGCAAACGAUCUGCAUGCGGUACGGCCAAGACGUGUGCUGUGCGGAGUGCUCCCGCUAGUGCGAAGCCUACCGGCUCUCUCCCGCCCGGUCCGGACCCAACUGAGCCGAUCAGCGCACUCAGUCGAAGGACUUUGGCCCAGCUAGCCAGGAAUGCAUUGAGAAAGCCAAAGCCAAACAUGGCAACGAAGGACCCCAUACUUCGAGUCUGGAAACCCCUUUCCAGAUUCGGAAGAGGGAUGCGGUCGACGGCAAGCAAAGGUGCUCGCAAAGUCGGAGGAUGGCUCAAGUCCAAUGGUGCCAGGCCGGUGCCAGAGACAGAUGGCAGCUUUCGAGGGCUGAGUCCUCGCAAAAGCAUCGCAUCUGCACCAUCGCCACACCGCCCGUCAACGACAGACCCCUACGACAUUUCGAGUAUUAUGCGCGAGCUGCCUGAAGAAGGGAAGGUCGCACCAUCGUCCCACUCGAAUCGCUGGUCAACAUCCCCUCUCUCUCCAGCCGGCCGUCCAUCAAAGACUUUGGGGGAGCUAUUCAAAGAGGAUCCAGUGAAACAUGUCAUCAAACGGGAAGUCUCGCUAGACCACACUCAGCCGCGUGGAUGCGCCGCCCAUUCGUGCGGUGACUGCAAGGGAGCUGUCCCGGCCACGGUCAUUGCGCAGCAUUACUUUCUGAAGCGCCGUGCCCCACCCCUAGCCAGUACAGUUACCUUACAAGACGUUUCCACAAAAGCUUGGCGCAUGCUUUCGGAUCCCAUGAGCGUCUCCAAUAGCGCUCGAAGAAUGAGGCAACUGGGCAGAAGCGAGGAGUCGACCAAAGCAGCCUGCACGAAAGGUUCGCUAGAAGCAGGCAGCCCAAACAAGAAGGCUCUGAGUCGACGCGGCGCGAUAUUCUCUUGUCUCAAUAGACCAGAAAUAGUGCAGCAAGCAUCAAGACGACCUUCGAGCCCAUUGACCUUCCAAUCUUCCCUGUACUCUCCGCGGCCUUCCUCUCUCAGGCCAUCCGCUACUGACAUGCCGGCGAUGGCUAGGUCUCACUCUGAAAGCUCAAUUGCGAUGCCAGAGGGAAGAUGGUCCGACGACUCUGAAGAAGCUUUCUACACUCCUCCUGCUUCUCUUUCUUCGUCAUCCUCCUCUCGCUCCCCAUCGGGCCGAUCAAACGGCAAAGCAAGGGCAAAGACGAAGAAAGCCUCGCCUGUGUGGGUAGACAAGAGGAUCAUCCCAGAGACGCUUCGAAGGCAGGCCAGGUGGCGACGCGUGCGCCGGAUUGCUAGAUCCAACACUCUUCCUCGAGACGCAGUCGAUGUCGCUCUCUAAGUUGCGAGUCCGAAACAAACAUUCAGUGAUAUGCUACGUCUCAGCAAGGAGCGCUCUCGGCCCGAGCUCGCGUGUAGGUUCUAUCCGAGCUUGCUGCAUUGGCUUCGGCUCCUGCUCAGAAAUAUUCGUUCGACUCUACACGCUAAU